AUGGGGCUGUUCCAGCAUCUCGUCUUUCUGGCGGCGCUGUUCUGCAAUGGUGUCGCCGCACAGAGCUUUGCAUCCGUGCUUACAGAAGCACCACAAUGUGCUGCCGAUUGUCUGGUUACGUUGUUUAGUGAGGAACCGUUUGCGGGGAAGAACCAAAGCGCGAUUUGCCAUGAUCAACAGUUCGCUGAUGCGAUUGGGGAUUGUCUAACGGCGAAAUGCACGGUGCGACAGACAUUGGAUUUUAUUAAAAUGUCAUCGGCCGUAUGCGGAAUUAAACCGACCAACAAUGUCCUCUUAUAUCGCUUAACGACGCUCAUCAUGGCCGGUCUUGCCUUGCUUUUCUUCGCCUUGCGGAUAAUAGCCACAGUCAGACUACGUCUUAAAUGGGCGAUGGACGAUACAAUGGCUGUCGCCUCGGUAGUCUUGCUGAUACCGGUUGUUAUUAUCAUGCAGUUCAUGAUGCAAAACGGUCUUGGUGUUGACCUGUGGUAUCUCUCAGACCAUCAAAUCACAGAAGGAUUCAGGCUCUUCUUCUUCCUCGAAAUGCUCUACCUAACCGCCCGAGUCGUCGUUAAAUCUACUAUUCUAUGCUUCUUCCUACGCAUAUUCAGCAACCCCCGAUUCCGUCUCAUCGUUAAAAUUACACUCGUGUUUAAUGUUCUUAUCGGUGUUACAUUCUUUAUCCUCGUCUUCUUCCAAACGACACCGAUUAGUCUCUUCUGGAUCGGAUGGCAGACCAAGGAGGCGAAGAGAGUUAUGCUGGGAAUUAUACGGCUGACGCUGCCACACGCGGUGCUUGUUCUUGCGCUGGAUAUAUGGGUGCUUAUCUUGCCGAUUACCCAGCUUUGGGAGUUGGGGCUGAAGUUGAGGAAGAAGAUUGGUGUUAUGGCCAUGUUCAGCUUCGGUAUCUUCCUAACUGUCGUUGCUGUGAUUCGAGUACAUCAAUUAGUGCUCUUUGCUAGAUCUCGAGACUUGACAGGUAAGUUCACCAAACACCCCAAAGACGACCCAACUAACAGAACAGUUAUAAACGCACAAAAAGCCAUGAUCUGGUCCUGCAUCGAGAUAUCAGUAGGCAUCAUGGUAUCAUGCAUGCCUCACAUCCGCAAUUUAGUCCGACACAUCAAAUCACGAAUACGCGAAAAGAGAGGGAAAGAAAAAGAACCGAGCAACGAGGCUGUAUUUAUCCAACGAUCACUCGUGCCGAUAUCAGUGGGUGAUGCGACGUCGGAACCAGCGUUGUUUGAUGAGGGGGAUGCUAUAACAACUGUCUCUACAACGACAGGGACUGGAAAGAUGGAGAGUAUAAAUGGGAGGUUGAGUAGUUAUGCGAGCGAUGCGGAUACACAAGUUUAG